AUCAGAGUUUAGAUAAUGAUAUUUACGGGAAAAGAGCUGUAUCAAGCUCAUAUAAAUGGUAGAACCUCAAGACACAAUUGUCACAAAACGAUAAAACGCAGCUCAAUUUAUUUUUUGAAGACAUAUUUAUCAUGAAGUGGCUCUCUGUGACUGUGCUGCUCUUGGGCUGUAUUGCUUGCCUGCCAGAUGAGUCUUUGGCUUUGGAUGGAUUCAAAAAAUAUGUUUCGGCUCACAGUAUUUCAGCUCUACGGCACAAACGAAUGAUAGGGGGAUCACUGACCGCACCUGUCCCAUGGCAGGCAAUGGUGUUCCUCAGUGAAAAUAUACUAGAUGGAGGUUUCGCUGGUGGAGCCCUCAUCGCGGAGCGCUGGAUACUGACUGCUGGCAGGAAUCUGUUUGUGGGAAAGAGCAAAAACCAAACAAGUGGAAAAGAACCCCUCAUUCCAAAAGUCUACCUUGGUAUCAGCAAACGUUCUCAUGCUAACACCUCUACGGAAGUAGCGGUGGAGAGGGUAUUUGUGCAUCCAGACUUCCAGAACACAUCCGACUGGGACAAUGACCUUGCUCUGAUCAAACUGAAGGAGCCGGUGAUAUUUACUGAGUCCAUAAUGCCCAUCCCUCUGCCUGAGAUCGGAGAUAACCAGGAAGAGAAGGAGGGAGAGAGGGGCAUCAUCGCUGGGUGGGGCUGGGGGAGCGGUUUCACCCCUGCUCCAAUAUUGAAGUUUCUUUCUCUGCACAUCCAGUCAUGCCAGGGUGAAUACUGGGCAAAGGUUCUAUCGAGUACACCAACUGUAAAUGAAAAACAGUUUUGCACAGGACCCAGUGAGUACCAGGAAAACGUGUGCUUUGGCGACGCAGGUGGCGCAUUUGUCUUCCUGAACCCCGACACCAACAAAGUCUAUGCUGCAGGCAUCCUCUCCUUUGACAAGGCUUGUUCUGUAGAGGACCAAGCUGUCUACACAAAGAUCUCUGCCUAUCUGCCCUGGAUUCACAGUGUCAUGAGAGGUGAUUCGCAAGAAUUUUCAGAGCGUCGUGCUUCAAUGAUAAAACAAAUGCUUUCAAAAAAAAAGUAGUCUGGUGGUCUUAGAACAGUACAAUAUAUAUAUAUAUAUAUAUAUAUAUAUAUAUAUAUAUAUAUAUAUAUAUAUAUAUAUAUAUAUAUAUAUAUAGAUGCAGGUUGGGAUUAAAUACUUAUUACAAAUACUUAUUACUUAUUACUAUUUAAAAUGUAAUCAGUAACUUAAUCCAGUUACCUCAAAAAGAAAAGAAUGUAACCAGAUUGCUUUAGUUACUUUUUGAUUGCCUCAAGAUCACAUAUGUGAAUAAAGUCAGGAGAAAAGCAAUAUGUUCUCAAAGACUUUUAAUCAUGCCUUCUGAAUGCAAACAAACCAUGUUUGAAUAAUGUUAUGAGUGAUGUAGCUAUUGUUAUAUACAGUAUAAGAAAAAAACAUGAAAAACAGGGACACUGCCUCCUUAAUAGGUAAACAGAAUAUGUAGAAAAAGUAAAUUCUAGAGACUGUUGUGUGUGAAAAUCCCAGGAGAUCAGCAGUUACAGAAAUACUCAGACCAGUCCAUCUGGCACCAACAAUCAUCCAUGCAAUUAUCUAAUCAGCCAAUUGUGUGGCAGAAGUGCAGUGUAUAAAAUCAUUCAGAUAUGGGUCAGGAGCUUCAGUUAAUGUUCACAUCAACCAUCAGAAUGGGGAAAAAUGUGAUCUCAGUGAUUUGGACUGUGGCAUGUUUGUUGGUGCCAGAUGGGCUGGUUUGAGUAUUUCUGUAACUGCUGAUCUCUUGGGAUUUUCAUGCACAACAGUCUCUAGAAUUUACUCAGAAUGGUGCCAAAAACAAAAAACAUCCAGUGAGCGGCGGUUCUGUGGAUGGAAAUGCCUUGCUGAUGAGAGAGGUCAACAGAGAAUGGCCAGACUGGUUCAAACUGACAAAGUCUACGGUAACUCAGAACUGCUCUGUACAAUUGUAGUGAGAAGAAUAUAAUCUCAGAAUGCUAUUCUAAGAUGCGGGUUGGCACUGUUUUGGCGGCACAAGGGGGACCUACACAAUAUUAGGCAGGUGGUUUUAAUGUUGUGGCUGAUCGGUGUAUAUAUACAGUAUAUCAUACGUUUUAUUUUCAAAAUAUUUAUAGAUGGUGGAAAAUUGCAUAUCACAAAACAAAACUAGAACAGUUUAGAAAAAUUUUGGCUUUGAAAGUUUAAAACAUUUAAAAAACCCACUGUCCCAAUAUUUCAGUGGCAUACCCAAAAUUUAAGGCUUAUAACUUGACAAAAAAAAAAAAAAAAAAAAAAAAAACAA